GGAAGCGAUUGGCUAAAACGCCUGCUCCCUCCCGGUGAUGGGUGGAGGCGAGGUGGGAGGGAAAGGAUUGCUGUCUGUUACCCGCCAUGCACCGCGCCCCGGCGUUGGCUCCCUUUGGUCUGUAAUGUUUUGGCCAAUCCAAAAUGGCGGUGCAGGAAUCAGCUGCUCAGCUUUCCAUGACCCUGAAGGUGCAAGAGUAUCCAACCCUCAAGGUACCCUAUGAAACACUGAACAAGCGUUUUCGAGCUGCACAGAAAAACAUUGACCGAGAGACUAGUCACGUCACCAUGGUAGUUGCAGAAUUAGAAAAAACACUGAGCAGUUGUCCUGCUGUCGAUUCAGUUGUUAGUCUCCUUGACGGAGUAGUUGAAAAGUUAAGUGUCCUCAAGAGAAAGGCAGUCGAAUCAAUCCAAGCUGAGGAUGAGAGUGCAAAGUUGUGCAAACGCAGAAUUGAACACCUUAAAGAGCACAGCAGUGAUCAGCCAGCAGCUGCCAAUAUGUGGAAGAAAAAACGAAUGGAUCGCAUGAUGGUGGAACAUCUUUUGCGCUGCGGCUACUACAACACAGCAGUUAAACUCGCCAGGCAAAGUGGCAUUGAGGACUUGGUGAACAUUGAGAUGUUCUUGACAGCCAAAGAAGUGGAAGAAUCUUUGGAAAGACAGGAGACCAUGACUUGUUUGGCUUGGUGUCAUGAUAACAAAUCAAGACUCAGGAAGAUGAAGGGCCGUCAAAACGAGAGCGAAACGAAGACGGGACGCAAAAGUAAAUCGGCCAGUGAUUCCCCUAGAGAGAAUGAUGAUCUUGUUAUGGAAACCCUAAAAGGAAAACCAGAAUUGAGCUGUCUGGAGUUCAGCCUCAGGAUUCAGGAGUUCAUUGAACUCAUUCGACAGAAUAAGAGACUGGAUGCUGUGAGACACGCAAGAAAGCACUUCAGUCAAGCUGAAGGAAGUCAGUUGGAUGAGGUUCGACAAGUGAUGGGAAUGUUAGCCUUUCCUUCAGACACUCAUAUCUCUCCUUAUAAGGAUCUUUUGGACCCUGCCCGAUGGAGGAUGCUGAUUCAGCAGUUUAGGUAUGAUAAUUACAGGCUACAUCAGCUGGGAAAUAACUCAGUCUUCACCAUCACACUCCAGGCAGGCCUUUCUGCCAUAAAAACACCACAGUGUUACAAAGAAGACGGGAGUUCAAAGAACCCAGACUGCCCUGUGUGUAGUAAGUCACUGAACAAGCUGGCCCAGCCUCUGCCCAUGGCCCAUUGUGCCAACUCCCGGCUGGUCUGCAAGAUUUCUGGAGAUGUCAUGAAUGAAAACAAUCCACCCAUGAUGCUACCAAAUGGAUAUGUCUAUGGCUACAAUUCCUUGCUUUCCAUUCGUCAAGAUGACAAAGUCGUGUGCCCAAGAACCAAAGAAGUUUUCAACUUCUCACAAGCUGAGAAAGUGUACAUCAUGUAGAUCCCCACGGCCCCAGGAUGGAGUGCCAGCGCCAGCCGGAAGGGGACACAGCGUAGGGGGUGGCCUGCCUCCUUAGGCACGGCCUGGGAUGGCGAAGAAGCAAAAUGUGCCAUCUGGAGGAUGAGACCUGUCGGUGGCAAUGUUGUUUCUUGCGACCAAAGAUCAAUGAGCAACAAUAACUACUCUUAGAAAGAGAGGAGUAUGACUUAAUAAGUUUGUACUUGAAAACAACGUUUUGAUUGGUAGGAUUUUGUAACAUAAGUCACAAAUUUGAUGCUUCUGAAAAGUACUUUAAUCUUUCACAAAUAAUUUUCUUUUAAGGAGGACUUAAACACUGAGGGACCUUUAGACCCACUUAACAAUGUGACUCAACUCUUUUCCCCAUUUGUUUUUCCAGUUAUUCUCCCUUUUUGCUAAUGAUCAUACAUGGAAAAACAAGGGGGUUUCUCCAUGACAGCCUUUUGCGUUCUCUGCUAUGGAUCCUGUAGGGAAGUGAUGAUAGGGCUGAGCUUAAGACAUUGCACUUCCAGGGAUGUGAUGAUCAUGAGAUGAUGACUUCAUCCUAGAGUCAAGCAGAAGCUGUUUGUUCCAAACAGAAGCUUAAAGAUGCUGCCAACAUACCAAGAAAACAUAGCA